ACAAACGAGGAGAAAGACCGUCUGACAGCCCCGACCAGUAAAUCGGAUCAUCGAUGCCUCCUGGUAUUCGAGCGGGACCGAUCUGACCAUUCAUGGCCGCUUCGGCGCGCGGCUGGUGUGCGCCGUUUCAGGACGCGCAGUUUCCGCGUAAAACGGCGCCGCGGACGACCGACGGUCACCGCGGUGAAGCUCAUGGACAAGUGCGCUGUGACACAGGUCCUUCUCCUAACCACUUCAGCGGGGUGAAACCUGAAAUGGACUGCUUGUUUCCCUCACUGCCUCAGAAUUCCAAGAUGUUACUACGGGAUGGUGGUUUGGUGCUGGACCAGCUGUUCACCAAAGAACCCCCACCCUCCUAUAUGCCCCACCCCAAUGCUACAUAUGAGCACCCUGGUCACUGCAGGACAAGUCAGGUCAAGAUGGAACCCUCAAACUGUCUGAUGCUCCCACCCUCAAUCCCAGAAUACCCCGGCGUUUACAGCAGUAACUUUUACUUCCCACAGGAAGCACAGAAUUUCCAAAAUAUCCCCCAAUUCCAGCUGCUGAACAGCAAGCAGCCCAUUCACGGACCCCAUCUGAACUCUGCUCCUGUGGUGCCAAUAGGUGUCCCAGUUGGUCGUAAUCUUACAAACGACUGUUUGGUUUUCAACCCACAUUUAGCACAGCAGGGACUCCCAGCGUACCUGCCUCCCUCUCCCCCCAAUUCUGAGCCCUCAAGUCCGGACAGAGGGAGAGACUUGCUCCACGAUCUCACCCCACCUCCCACUUAUGAAGCCAGUAUCGCCUACAAAUUCACCUGCUGUCCCAGCGACCCACAGCAAACACCAUUCACUCCCAUUCAAAGCUUUCACAGCCCAGACUCAACUCAAAGUCCACGUCCCGAAAUGAGUCAACCUUAUAGCCUGAGUCCAGGGCUGACCAAGCUGAGAUCUCCGGAGACGACCCCAGCAGCCCCAGCGAUGCAUAACAGAAGGACAAACUCAGAUCUGGAGAGACGAAGGAUUCACCACUGCAACAUCCAAGGUUGCAAGAAAGUCUACACCAAGUCAUCACAUCUGAAAGCCCAUUUACGGACACACACAGGAGAGAAACCGUAUCAGUGCUCCUGGGACGGAUGCGGCUGGCAUUUCGCUCGCUCCGACGAGCUGACACGUCAUUUCAGGAAACACACAGGAGCGAAGCCUUUCCAGUGUCGAGUGUGUAACCGCUGCUUCUCACGCUCGGAUCACCUGGCGCUUCACAUGAAGAGACACCAGAGUUAGACUGCUGCUGAGGAAGUCGCUGGUCCAGGGCUCGAACCUGUGAAGCUUUACAGCAGUUCUUUAUUAUUGCUGUUGUUAUGGUCACUGUAUUUUAUACAUAAAAUAUUAGGAAUAAUGUACAAAUAUUCAUUUUAAACAUAAUUUAAAAUCAUCUCUGUUUCUCUCAAUUUUAAUUUUAAAUGUAAUAUUUCUUUUUUCUUUUCUUUCAAAAAUUGCUGGAACAAAAGGAAAAAGAAGGCCAAUAUCGACUCAGGAGGAACUAAAAUUCAAAACAAGCUCCUGGAUAUGAAGUUCCAGGGGUGUGCUUUUUAUUAUUAUAAGCAAGGCCACAUUUAGACAUAAUCAUAAUAAUAUUCAUAGUCAUAAUAAUAUAUAUAUUAUAAUAACAUUCAUGAGAUUCUGACCACAAAGGAUGAUCAAGAUAGGCUGAGGUGAAAGAGGAGGGUAGAAAAUAUUAAAAAAUUAAUAAAUAUUAAUAUUUGAAGUGUAUGAAUAUUUAAAACAAAACAUUAGUUAAUUAAGUGUAAUUCAUUCAGUGGUAUGGAGAGAAUCAUGAGUUUCUAUAUUUCCAAAGUUCAUUUGACAAGAACUUGAAAAUAUUGUUUUUAACUCAUUCUUUUUGUGUUUUAAAUAUAAUAGAGAUAGAAUUCAAGUCAAAAUGGUAAAAUAGGGUAAAACAAAGGUAUACUUUUUUUGAAGUAUGAAGUUUACAAAACAUUGAAUGUGUCAUGAAAAGUGUUUUAUAUUUAAAAUAUAUAUCAUAAAAUGCUCUCAUUUAAGUUAUUUAAGUUUGAAAAGCAUCUUAAACAUUUCUGCUUUAAUAGAUGUGGAAAGAUUCAGUAACAUGAGGAAUCAUUUACCAUAAUUUAUUAAACUCAAGCUAUAAAAAUAUAUUGACUAUAUUGACUUUAUCAAAACUGAUGAGGUAUUUUUUCUUAGACAUAACUGCAUUUUGAAACUUGCUUUACAUCCAAAUCAGUUGUCAAAGUGCCUUCUAUUAAUUUAGAAAUUAUAAGAAUGUGACAGGAAAGAACAGCUUCUCUUUCCUGUCUCCUCUCGCUGCUGAAUCCUUUAUGUUUCUUCUCUUAUUCCUCUCUUCCUGUAUUGUUGUAUCAGCUUUAAUUUUUUUAUAUGCCAGUGCAGUUCACUCGAAAUGUUCAAUUGGUUAUCAUGCAUUGUUGCGUUUACAUUUUGUUGUUUGAGCAGCAUUCUAUAGGUUUUUAUUUUCCAAGUUGAGUUAAUGUUUCCUCUGAUGUGUGUUUUUAAAGGAAACCAACUGUUUCUUGCUUAAAUAUAAAGUGUUUUGUUUGAGACACGAAGAAGCUCUCCUGAUUGUACUUGGUGACGUUGAGUCAUUUUUGAUUCUCCACAAACAAGGUGACCAAGAACAAGGUGGGUUUUAGGUCAGAAAUGAGCAGAAAUAAAAAAUGUCAAAGUGUGGAGACAAAAAAGUGGUGGAUGCAUGUCAUCAGGUCGAGUACUGUCAGAGGCAGUGGAUUGGAUUUUACACAUGUAAUCUACAAAUUGAAAAUGAAAUGCAUCUUGUUUUGUUCACCUCCUUGUGAAAUUUCCUCCCACAAUUGGAAAUCUCUACCAUUAAACAUCUCCACAAUGAA